UCUCCACCCCCGUCAGCUGUUUUGGCACUAGCGGUAGUAUCCUUGGAGAGGCCCCCGCAGAGGACGAGGCCCACCUCGAGCGAAAGAGCAAAGCAGAGAGAAGCAGACCCAGGAGAAAAUGAGAUCCUUGCUGGUGACUCGCUUACAGUCCCUUCGAUGCUUCACCACCUCCGGCCGGCAAAUGGAAAACAAAGUCCCUGAAUAUCAGAAGCUCUUCCAGGCGGAUAACGAUUUGCCAGUGCACCUGAAAGGGGGGAUGUCCGAUAUGGUGAUGUAUCGCGUCACCAUGAUCAUCGGAACCGUGGGCAUUAGCUAUGCGCUCUAUGGCAUAUAUGAGCUUGGAAAAAUCAAGAAGCAUUGAGAAGGAAGCCGGGAACGCAAGGCCAGACCUUGCUGGGACCCCCACCCCACCCCGCCCCACCCUGCCCCACCCCUGCUCCUGUUUAGAAAACUCCGGAAGCAGAGAAGAGCAAAACCUAUUUUGGGGCGCUUGCAAGAUCGAACCAGCAAGGAAACGUGUGUGGAGGUUUUUUCCCCAAAGUGUAUGUGAUGCCUAGAGCGACAUGAAUAAACAGACGCAACAAAGAC